GUCACAGAAUGGCUAAAGCAGCUUUAAGUGGAGGGUGGAUUAUUUUUCCCUUGGUUUGUCUUGUGUUUUCCUCUCUGAAAGAAUGUUGUGGCUGCUCUUUUUUCUGGUAACUGCUAUUCAUGCCGAACUCUGUCAACCAGAUGCAGAAAAUGCUUUUAAAGUGAGACUUAGUAUCAGAACAGCUCUGGGAGAUAAAGCAUAUGCCUGGGAUACAAAUGAAGAAUAUCUCUUCAAAGCGAUGGUGGCUUUCUCCAUGAGGAAAGUUCCCAACAGAGAAAAAACAGAAAUUUCCCAUGUCUUACUUUGCAAUAUAACCCAGAGGGUGUCAUUCUGGUUUGUGGUUACAGAUCCUACGAAAAACUACACACUUCCUGCUGAUGAAAUACAGUCAGCCAUAAGAAUGAAUAGGAACCGGAUCAACAGUGCCUUUUCUUUGAAUGACCAGACUCUGGAAUUCUUAAAAAUUCCUUCCACUCUUGCACCACCCACUGAACCAUCUGUGCCCAUCUGGAUUAUUAUAUUUGGUGUGGUAUUUUGUAUCGUCAUAGUUGCAAUCACGCUGUUGGUUUUAUCAGGAAUCCGGCAACGUAGAAGGAAGAACAAAGAACCAUCUGAAGUGGAUGACACUGAAGAUAAGAGUGAAAACACGAUCACUAUUGAAAAUGGCAUCCCCUGUGACCCCCUAGAUACGAAGGGAUGGCACAUUAAUGACACUUUCAUGACAGAGGAUGAGCGGCUCACCCCUCUUUGAAGGGCUGCUGUUCUGCUUCCCAAGAAACUCACACAUGUUUCUGUGCAACUGUUGAGCACCAUAAAUUAUUAAGGGCAGAUUACAUAUUUUGUUUCACCAUUCUUCUUUUGUAAGAAAAUUUGAAUGUGCAUGAAAGUGAAUCAAUAAUACCCGUGAAGACCAUUGGAAUCAUAAGCUGUUGACUACUCCAAAUAUUUUAAAGUAUUCCCCUGACAACACAGUGUGUAAGUGUAGUCAUUUGGUGUUUGUAAUUAUUGAUUUAAAAGUCCAUCAGUAUUUAAGCAUUUUCAGAAAUAAGGACUAUAUAUAUUUCACACUCUGGAGACCUAAGGAAAAAUAUUUUUCCAGUGGAGAAUCCCUAUAAUAAUUACAAAUAUUAUUUAUAUCACUCUGUAUAUGACUAAAUAAGCAAGGAUAAAAGUAAUUAUUGUACAUGGGAUGGAUGAAAAUGGAAGUAUUGAUAAACAAGGUAGAAUUUGAUCCUGUUAUCAUAACUAUUGCUUAUGUAUUUUCUGUCAAUCUCUACUAGUGCAGCUCUAUUCACUUUUUCUGCAAUCUGUAAAAGUACAAUCUAUACUAAAUAAAGUGCUAAUUAUUAUUUUU